AUGUCCCGUGACGAGGUUGCCUUUGGUUUUAUUAAGGUAGCCAACGAGACAGUGACCCGGCCCAUUCGAUCUUUGACAGAGGCCAAGGGACAUGAUACCUCAAAACACAGGUUGGCUACGUUCGGGGGAGCCGGGGGCCAGCAUGCCGUUGCCAUGGCUGAGAGCCUGGGGAUUCGGCAGAUUUUGAUUCAUCGAUAUUCCUCGGUGCUCUCGGCAUACGGAAUGGCACUGGCAGACGUUGUCGAUGAAAAUCAAGAGCCUGAAUCGAAGACCUGGGCUGAUGAUGACAAGGGAGGCGUCCAGGAUGCACUUGGUUCGAGAAUAGAAGACUUAAAGAAACGACCCACGCAAAGGUUGCAAGACCAAGGCUUCGGUAAUGAUUCAAUCGUGUUCGAAGAAUACCUCAAUAUGCGAUAUCGAGGCACAGAAUCUGCCUUGAUGAUACUUAAACCCAGCAAAGAGGAGGCCGAUCUUCACUUUAGGGGUGACGAAUGGGCCUUUGGGAAAGCAUUUGCGAGGCAGCACGAUCAAGAGUUUGGUCUUACUCUCCCAGACCGGGACAUCAUUGUGCAUGACGUGCGAGUGAGAGGAAUCGGGAAAAGGUUCAAACUAUCCGAGAAGACUGUGGCCCAGAAGAUCCAGGAGUCCAACCCAAAGGAUGUGACGACGGGCCAAGAAUAUCGCAGAUCUUUUGUAUACUUCGAGGGUGGCCGACGUGAAACGCCAAUCUACAAACUCAAAGACUUGAAGGUUGAUGAGCGAACUCACAUCGUUAUCAAUAUUGGUGAAUCCGAUGCCAGCCUGCCAAAGGUUGGCACUGACAAUGUGGAUCCUAUUCUGCUGAGUGUGUUCCCGCACAGAUUCAUGGCUAUUGCCGAACAAAUGGGACGUUCUUUACAGAAGACAAGUGUAAGUACCAAUGUAAAGGAGCGACUCGACUACUCCUGCGCAUUGUUCGACGCGGAGGGCGGACUGGUUGCGAAUGCGCCAGAUUUGCCCGUCCACCUCGGUAGCAUGUCAACCUGUGUACGGAUACAGGCCCGGAUCUGGCAAGAUAAAUUGAAGCCCGGCGAUGUAAUUGUGUCAAAUCACCCGGAAUUUGGGGGAACUCACCUUCCGGAUAUCACAGUCCUGCAGCCUGCUUUUAGCCAAGGAAAGAUCAUAUUCUACGUCGCUUCUAGGGCGCAUCAUGGUAAGACCUUUGGAGUGAAAGAGGAGGGGGAAUGGAACAGAUAUACUAACCUGCAUGAAGCUGACAUUGGAGGAAUACUCCCGGGAUCUAUGCCGCCUCACUCAAAAGAGCUUUACGAAGAAGGCGCAGCAAUCAAAGGCGAAAAGUUGGUAUCAGAAGGAAAGUUUGACGGGGAACGCAUCACAGAAUUGCUGUACAAAGAGCCAGCCCAGUAUCCAACCUGCAGUGGGACCUGA